CCUUCCCUUUCCUUUCAUAAUGGGUUCUUGCUUUAGUAAAUGCAAACCCAAAAACUCAUAUCUUGCAGAAGUAGAAAAAGACGACGGCGAGCAUGUAAAGCAGCAAGCAAUAUCUCCGGCUGAGAAACCGCCGGUGUCUCCGUCGCCUUCCUCCGCCUCCCUCUCCUCAUCUUUCGCCGCCUCAAACAGCAGCUAUUCUUUCUCCUCGUCUUCUUGCUCCUCCAAAGAUCGCUCCUUUUCGAACGAGUUUCUGAGGUCUUGCGCCAAGGAGAACCAACAUGUGAUUCUCAUGAAACCCAGCAAGGGAAACCUCGAAAGGACAAGCAGCCUUCGACCAUCUUUGUUGUCAUCCCCGAACGCCAUGCCGUUGAAACCAUCGAGUCCUCGAAUGCAUGUCGGCGGGUCCACCCCAAAGAAAAGGCCCCGUUCUAAUUCCCCGACUUUGGUUCGGCAAAAGAGCUUCAGAAAAGAUAAUAUGAACGCUUCCGCCGCUUGCCAUUUUUCAAAUAGAGCCCUCAAGUCGCCUUCUCCAAGCAGGAGGUUCUUGGCGGUGGAUGGGCAGGGAAAAAUGGACAUUUCACCUUUCAGACACGGCGGUGCUGCUUUUAACGGCGUCGGGAAACACAACUUCAAGCCCGUAAGUCCCAACUGUCAGCCGCGGGGGGUUGACAGUGGUUCGACGAAGGGUAAUAUAGUAAAUUCAAAGAGGGAUGGAGAAGUGCAAUCAAGCCAGGAAAUGGAGGACAUCAAUAAUCCUCUUAUUGCAUUGGAUUGUUUCAUUUUCCUGUGAAUUUUUAUACAAAACUCUUAGUGAUGAGCAGGUUGCUAUAUAGGGAGGGACUCGGAGGUUUUUGGCUUUAGGAAACAAAAUACUCUCCAGUGUUGAGGUGAGGAUAAGAUUGGUAUAUCCAGCCUUGAAUGUCCAUUUUUGUUUUUUUACCUCCAAAUGUAUUUGUAUACAAUUGUCAUCUACAUAAGAUGAAAAGGGGGUUGAUUACUAUUGUAUCUUGUAAAUCCCUCUCUCUUGGGAUGAGACAUGAAUAAUUAUAUAUUUUAUACUUUCUAAA